AUGAAAGUGUUGAUAGGCGAAGGUGUGUUGAUCAAACCCUGUGCGGGUAAAGAUCAUCGUGAGCUUGUUGAACUGAACAAUCUGGAUCUAGUUCCAUAUCCAAUGUACAACAAGGUGGUGUAUGCUUUCGAAGCUCCGACCCCGAGCUCAGAGGUGUUGAAGGAAGGACUGGCCAAAGUUCUGGCGGAGUUCAGAGAAUGGGCAGGGAGAUACACCAAAGAAACAGCGAGUGGGUGCCUUGGCAUCAAUCUGAAUGACGAGGGUGUGCUUGUCAUAGAAGCCGACGCAGAUGGAACAAUAGCAGAUGCAAUGCCCUUCGAUCCCUUUUCAUUCCUCCUUGAGUUGGUGCCACCCACAUCCACCGUGGUCAAUGAGCUCUUACUCAUGCAGUUUACUCGAUUUACUUGUGGAGGCUUGGUGAUAGGCCUUGCUAGUCAUCAUCAUGUUGCAGACGGACAAGCAGCUACAUUUUUCAUGAAUUCGUGGGGGAAAAUAAUUAGAGGAGAGAGUAUUCUACCUCCAGUACAUGACCGAUCUUUAUUAAAAGCAAGAGAUCCUCCCCAGCCAUGUUUUGAUCAUUAUGAAUAUAAUACUAUAUUUGAUGAGCACUCCCCAAUAACGUCCAGUCUAACAGCAAAGAAGUUUCAUUUUGAUGCAAUAUUUUUACAAGAACUCAAGUCAAAGGUAAAUGGAUCUGAUAAAUCAAGAAAACCCUAUACGACUUUUGAAAUCCUUGUUGCCCAUAUGUGGAAAUGCAUUACAAAAUCUCGAGGCCUUGAUGGAGAUGUGCAAACAAAAGCUAGCAUUCCAGUGGGUGGAAGAAAUAGGUUGAAUCGUCCCUUCCCUAGCAUUCCAGUGGGUGGAAGAAACAGGUUGAAUCGUCCCUUCCCUGAAGAAUACUUUGUGGGUAAUGUUGUCUAUGAAUCAUGUGCUCAAUCCAUUGCAUCAGAGAUCAUAAAUGGGUCUUUAGAAUUUAUUUCAGAGUUAAUACAUAAGUCAGUUACUAAGGUUGAUGAUGAUUAUAUACAUUCAGAGAUUGAUUUUUUUGAGCUAAGGAAAUCAAUCUUAGGGCCACCGAGCCUUAAUGAUAGAACUAAUGUGAUACCAAUAAGUUGGAUGAAAUUUCCUAUCCAUAAUUUUCAUUUUGGAAUGGGUGACCUAGUGUAUGCAGGUCCUUCAUUAAUGCUUGCUGAAGGCCUUAUGAUCUUGUUUGAUUCAUAUAGUAAAGCUGGAAGUGUGGAAAUUGUGGUUUGCUUGUCCAAAGCACAUAUGAUUGUACUUGAACAUAGUUGGUUUCAAGUUUGA